CAUUGGCUGUCCCGCAAACCUGUGAUUCCUCCCUCUUGCCCUCCGCCCUUAGCUCCAAUCCCACCAGCCUUUAGCCUCCUCCUUAAUUCUAGUGCCUCCCCGCUGUGGAUUCUCCCCACUUUAUCUUGCAUGUACCACUUGUGCCUAGUUGUUUGCACGGUGUCUCCCACUUAGACAGUGGGUCCCUCGGGCGCCGGGUGCUUCCUUCUUGGAGGCAGAGCGCGUGCUGCCCCGUUCUGCUCCCUGGCGGGGGUGCAAGCCCGUGCACCCUCCGCUGUCAGCUAGCCUAGGCGGCAGCAGCGAUCCCCGAGCGAGCAGCGCCGAGCGGAGCCGGACGGGCCUUUGUCUCUCUUGCUGGCUUAGCACGUGUCCUUGGGGCGGAGGCGGGGUCUGCGGGGCCCAGAGCUCGGCCGCAGGAGGAGCCACGCGGGCUGGCGGCCUGGGAUGAUGGCAGCUGCGGCGGGGGACGCGCGCAUGGUGCUGGUGUACGGAGGCAGAGGGGCGCUGGGCACCAAAUGCGUGCAGGCUUUCCGAGCCAAAGACUGGUGGGUCGCCAGUAUUGAUGUCGUGGAAAAUGAAGAAGCCAACGCCAGUGUGGUUGUUAAAAUGACUGACUCCUUCACCGAGCAGGCUGACCAGGUGACUGCUGAUGUCGGGAAGCUUUUGGGCAAUAAGAAAGUGGAUGCAAUCCUUUGUGUGGCUGGAGGAUGGGCAGGAGGCAGUGCCAAAGCUAAAUCUCUCUAUAAAAACUGUGACUUGAUGUGGAAACAGAGCAUGUGGACCUCGACUAUCUCUAGUCACCUGGCAACCAAACACCUCAAGGAUGGAGGUCUUCUGACCUUGGCUGGGGCUAAGGCUGCUUUAGAUGGAACUCCAGGAAUGAUUGGCUAUGGCAUGGCCAAGGGAGCCGUCCAUCAACUGUGUCAGAGCCUAGCUGGGGAAAACAGCGGCAUGCCCCCGGAUUCUGCUGCCAUUGCUGUGCUUCCGGUUACCCUGGAUACGCCGAUGAACAGGAAAUCAAUGCCUGAUGCAGACUUUGGCUCCUGGACCCCAUUAGAAUUCCUUGUUGAAACCUUUCACAACUGGAUCACAGGAAAGAACAGGCCAAGCUCAGGAAGCCUAAUCCAGGUGGUGACUACAGGAGGGAAGACUGAGCUCACACCGGCUUACUUUUAACAAGUCUUCUUAGAUUGCACCACAGAAGAACUAACACAGACUCCUACGGUCCCACAUUUCCCAGCAAAUCUGCAACCCCCUCCCCCCUUAACAGUACCAGGUAGAGAUCAGUAUUUCUCAUUCAUUUAGUGUGUCUCCUUUUCAAAAGCAUCAGAGAUGUCAUCCAGGGACAUUGUUUGGUGUCUUCUGCUACCCUGGUCAUAACAUAGGCCUUGUCUGUAGCUCCCCUUGUCUCUUCUGUCCAGUUCCUUGCAGUAACCUCUCUUCUUGACUACCUGAGUGAUGUGUGUGCAUUGGUGUGUUCUGGUAAUUUUUUUUUUUUGCCAAGAUACUAUUUGAUUCAGUGUUUGUGUAAUGGGAUUAAUUGUUGCAGUCCUGACUUAAAUUGCCUUAAAUGUCCAUUAGCAGUGUAGGUGAGGGAUGGCUCUUGCCCAGUUGUUGUUACAAAUGUAAUAAAUGUUUCAUGCGACUACUCAGAUCCCCUCUGGAUGAGGGAGGGGAGGGAUGGAUGUCUUAGCUACAAGCAAAGCACUGGUGGUUAUCACAUGAUGUGUUUGGGCCUUAAUUAAUGCUGCUUAGUUUACAAUGUUGUGUACUUUAAUCAAAAUGGAACACAUUAUUUACUGUCUAAACAGCAUCAUCUAUAAAAUGUCAGUAGGCAGAUUUUAGGCGGUUUAGCCACACUGCGAACUAUUUCUGUGAUAGCUUUGUACAGAGCUAGAUUCUUUUCUAAUUGAAUAGUCAGGCAUUUGUUCCUCAUUCUCCUUUACUUUUUGAUGUUAUAUAAUUAUAUACUUUUGAUGUUAUAUGAUUAAUUUAAAAUAAAUAAAGACUAUUCCCACCAUA